ACGAGGGGGGAUGGCAAGCUGAGGAGCCUCCAUGCCGGAAGGCAUCGGAGAAAGGGGCUCCCCUUUUUGUUUGGCUCUGCGAGCCGUAGUAGAUUAUUUCCUUUCCCAUUUUUUAGGGUUGAGCGUGAAAGCCGCCCAUCUGCUACUGCAGACUGGGGUUUCCCGCCCUCUUUAAUUCGAUUUAAUUCAAUCAUUUCUUUUUUUCGUUUCCCGAGGCUGUGUGGUCUCAUUUGAGCAGCUCCCCCCCUCCCCUUUAAAGUAUAUAUAUAUUAUUAGUUGAGCCUAAGCAGAAGCAGCUCUGGCAGACGGCCUCUUUGGCAAUCGGCUUCGCAGCUGCCCAUUGACGAGUUGGCUGCGGGGGGAGGCGGAUCUCUCUCUCGCUGGUGCAUCCGAUGCAUAGCUAAGCAGCUCCCCCGCCUCGAUCCCGACUUGUUGUGUGGGCAUGAGCCGUCCUGGAGAGCGAUGGACUCGGGGGCUCGCCUCGUGUGAGGGGGAUCGAGAGGGCUUGAUUGCCUUAUGCUCAUUUUUUUCUCCUUCCUUCCCCCUGUUCGGAAGGCUUUCCUCGGGGCAGCGUUGCUAGGAGCGGCGUGUAAGCAAUAGCCGCCGGUCACCUCGGGGGGUUUAGAGCAGCCAGCUCGAGGAAGGGGCUUAGUCCUCUCUCCCCCCAACCCCCAAGGUCUUAUUUUAUUUUAUUAUUUUGCAAUCUCUCCUUCUCCGGUCCGCUGAAGGGUAGAAAUUGGAGUCGGAUUGUGGUUGUUGCUGUUGAGCCUCCGCCCGAGUAAGAUCGGUGGGGAAACCCGCAGCAAUUCCCCUUGCUGCCGUCUUGGGUCGAGAGGGGGAUCAAAAAUGGAGGCGGUGAUCGAGAAGGAAUGUAGCGCUCUCGGAGGACUCUUCCAAACCACCAUCGGGGACAUGAAGGGAAGUUAUCCGAUUUGGGAAGACUUCAUCAACAAAGCAGGGAAGCUACAGUCUCAGCUUAGGACGACCGUCGUAGCAGCAGCUGCCUUCUUGGAUGCAUUCCAGAAAGUGGCUGACAUGGCGACCAACACACGUGGUGCUACCCGAGAAAUUGGCUCCGCUCUGACCAGAAUGUGCAUGCGGCACCGGAGCAUCGAGUCCAAACUCAGGCAGUUUUCAAGUGCUUUAAUCGACUGCCUGAUAAACCCACUUCAAGAGCAGAUGGAAGAGUGGAAGAAAGCGGUUAAUCAACUGGAUAAAGACCAUGCAAAAGAGUACAAAAAAGCCCGCCAGGAGAUAAAAAAGAAAUCCUCAGACACCCUGAAACUACAAAAGAAAGCAAAGAAAGGAAGAGGAGACAUCCAGCCUCAACUGGACAGUGCGUUACAAGAUGUGAACGACAAGUACCUGCUUCUUGAAGAAACGGAGAAACAGGCUGUUAGGAAGGCCCUAAUUGAAGAACGUGGCCGGUUCUGUGCGUUCAUUUCUAUGCUGCGGCCUGUCAUUGAAGAAGAAAUAUCAAUGCUGGGAGAAAUAACCCAUCUACAGACCAUAUCAGAGGAUCUGAAAAGCCUCACUAUGGACCCUCACAAACUGCCACCAUCGAGCGAGCAGGUAAUUCUAGAUUUGAAAGGUUCUGAUUAUGGUUGGUCCUAUCAGACUCCUCCAUCUUCUCCCAGUACCACCAUGUCCAGGAAGUCCAGCGUCUGCAGCAGUCUGAACAGUGUUAACAGUAGUGACUCCAGGUCAAGCGGCUCGCACUCUCACUCACCCAGUUCACACUAUCGCUACCGCAGCUCCAACAUGCCUCAGCAGGCCCCGAUGAGGCUUUCCAGCGUGUCUUCGCACGACUCUGGAUUCAUGUCCCAGGAUGCUUUUCAGUCCAAGUCGCCAUCGCCUAUGCCUCCGGAAGCACCCAACCAGAAUUCGUCCAGCUCUGCCUCUUCAGAAGCCUCUGAGACCUGCCAGUCAGUGAGCGAGUGCAGUUCCCCCACCUCAGUCAGCUCAGGCUCGACCAUGGGGGCUUGGGCCUCCACCGAGAAGUUGUCUAACGGGUUUUAUCACUGUAGUUUGUCAAGUGGUCCAUUCUUAGCCUCAGUUGGUGCGGGCCCCCUUCCUCAUUUCCCGUCUGUCUCCCACGCAUGGACCCGGGCUUCCUCUUCCACCCUCCUUCCAGACCACGGUCAUUAUUACACCAUUGGGCCAGGCAUGUUUCCAUCAUCUAAGAUCCCUAGCUGGAAGGAUUGGGCUAAGCCAGGUCCUUAUGACCAGCCUAUGGUAAACACUUUGCAACGCCGCAAGGAAAAACGAGACGCGGACCCUGCUGGGGGAGGCCAGAACGGACCGCCUCUGCCCCCAGAGGAAGCCCAAAGACCCCGGAGCAUGACGGUGUCCGCCACCCCGAGGCAAGGAGAGGAGAUGGAAGCAUGUGAAGAGCUGGCGUUGGUUCUAACCCGGGGGCUGCAGCUGGACACUCAGAGAAGCAGCCGGGACUCCUUGCAGUGCUCCAGCGGCUACAGCACCCAGACCACCACCCCCUGCUGCUCAGAGGACACGAUCCCCUCACAAGUGUCAGACUACGAUUAUUUCUCUGUCAGCGGCGACCAAGAGACAGAGCAGCAAGAAUUCGACAAGUCGUCGACGAUUCCAAGAAACAGCGACAUCAGCCAGUCUUACCGUCGAAUGUUCCACGCUAAGCGUCCUGCUUCGACUGCCGGCCUCCCAACCACCCUGGGACCCGUGAUGGUUACGCCUGGCAUAGCAACCAUCAGACGGACCCCUUCUACCAAACCAGCUGUCAGACGCGGGGCAGUAGGUGCAGGGCCCAUCCCCAUCAAGACACCCGUGAUUCCUGUCAAAACUCCGACUGUGCCGGACAUCCCGGGAGGGCUGCCCAGUGUGCCGAGCAGUGCAGAAGAAAGCCCGGAACAAAGCCCCGAGGCAGGAGGAGGCAACCACGGGGUCACGGGGAUGUCCUCCUCUUGGAGUGGCCAGGCGUCCGUCAACCCUCCACCCGUGAGCCAGAAGCCGAGCACCAUAGAGGAGCAGAGACAAACGGCCACCGAAAGCGACGGAGAAGAAAGCGAAAGGGAGAGUCCAAGUCUCACUGCUCCCCCGUGCCAGCCGGCCCCUCAGUCAGCAGGCCAGAGCCCCGGGGAGCCCCUGCAAGGUGAAGACAUGCUGAACGCCAUUCGGCGGGGCGUUAAGCUGAAGAAGACCACCACAAAUGAUCGUUCAGCCCCCCGAAUUUCCUAGACGCUGGACCACUGCCAGAGCUUCCAACGCAACAGAGACUGAACUUAUAUGAUGAAAUGGUCUCUCUAUCCAUUCCACUGUACAAUCAAGUUAUUGUAGGAUGCUCAGUUAAACAGACAGCUGGAAAAGUUAAACAGACAGCUGGAAAUUUAAAAAUCGGGGGCCAGGGAGGGGGGAGGAGAAGGAAUUUGCAAACUAAAAUGCUUAAGGCGCAACCUCUUCCUGACUUAAUUUUUUUUUGUAAAUACUGAUUAUUUUUCUGCGCAAUUUUUUUUUAAAUCUUGAGUUUCCUUUUAAUUUUUCCCCUGAAGGUGCCAAAUCCCCAUUUAACUUUUUUAUAUAACUCUUUGUAAAAGUUUUACAUGUGUAGAAGGAAGAAGAAUAAACAUUUAAGUAGCUUAAAUAUUUCAGCUGGGAUGGGGCAGGGAGAGGGGAGGGAUAACAUUGAUAGGAGGUUGCAAUGUGUUUUCACUCUCACAAGCUUUUUGUAGAGCACCUUGUUAUAAAAGCAAGGGGACUUUUUUUUUUUAGUUGUAACUUACAGAGGCCUGGGUGGAGAACAGGUCCUCAGAGAAGUACAAGGAAAUCCUUGUAAAUCUUGAAAACAGGAAACAGCAGCUGGUCAAUUAAAGCAAUAUAUAGUGGAAGAGCGACAAGUCUCGGGCUGGUUAGAGAGGGUGAUGGGGUUAGACAAAGGGGGAGGGAACUUUCUGUUGCACAAGAAGUAGCCUAGCCGUAGCUUCAUGGUAAGUGCGUCUGAAUAAGCCAUAUUGGAUUGCAGUGUUGUUUCCAUAGGAUGUUUAAAGACACUUGAGUGCCAGCCACUAGGAGCUUCUGCGUUGGCCCCGUAGAAAUCUCUAGCUGCGCUCAGAGUGUGCGCCCAAGAAGAGCGUCUGUGGAAUCGUUCCUUUGGAUUCUUUGUUUUGUACUAAUUCAUUUUCUUCAGGACUGCACAAGCAACAUUUAAGCAUGCCCAUCUGGACCCGAGUCUCUUCCCCCCCCCCCCACUCGUUUUCUGUUUCUUUGUUAAAUAAUCUACAGUAGCCGAAACUUUGGUUCAAUAAAGCCAGAGAGAAAUAUCGGGGAGUUCUCUGCUCUGCGGGUUUUUACCUUUUACUGGCCAUGCCCAGCAGGCUGGGCAACUCAACUAACAAAAUGGGAAAGCCCCAUAUAAUUUUGAGAAAAACUGCUCCUAAAUCAGACUGGCAACCAGCUGAGAAUUCCAGUAAAACUGGUGACACAUUUCGGUGGGGUGGUGGUGGUCUUCUCUCCCCUCCCCCCAAAUAGCAUUUUGGAUUGGCUUUUUAAAUUAAACAAGAGAUCUGAGAGUGAGGGAGGGAACGGGGGGAAUCAGUUUUGGUUUUAUUUAUUACAAGGGAAAGGGGGGAUUGACCACUAUUUUUUUUUAAAUUCUCAGCACUGUAUUUUGGGGAAGCUGUUAAUAGAGAAAUUUAUAGAUUGGGGUGGGGGGGGGCUUACUUUUCUUAAAAUAGAAAAUUAUGGCUAUGACAUACUCAUUUCACAGGGUUGGUAGAAAUGUGCACAGUUUGGACAACACAGGUUGUUCUGGUUUUGUGGGUUUUUUUAAAAACAAAAAAGUUUAAAAAAAGAUCCUGCAAUCUGUAUGGAUACCUUCUGCCUUAUCUUUCUAUGGGUAAUGCAAGCAGGAUAGUUAGACAACAGAUGUGUAUUUGUGGUUGCAAAAAGAAAAAAAAUGCACCACCUGUAGUGGAAGGAGCUGGGUCAUACAUCUGCGCACAACAUGCUCUUCCACUCUCUGGAGAUUUUUCAGUCGGCUGCCAUCUUGCCUACAUAACCUCUUAUGCUUUAAAAACUACAUAACUGCAUUGGAUGUGAGACGUAUUGUAAAACUGUAUAGUCACUGUGUUCUAUAUACAUUUACACUGCUGUGUUGCGUAACACCUCCCUUUUUUUAAAAUGUUAUGGCUUCAGAAAGCAAGCGACCAAGCAUGAUCCUUUUUUUAAAAAAUCGAUGCGCUCUCUCCUUUGCAAAAAAACCAAAAUCAACUUUCCUUCUAAACAACGGUGCCUGCGGUAGAAGCCCCGCCAGUUGGUGAAACUAGCUGAUGCGAUCUGCAAAUGAUGCUUCAAAAUCCACCACCACCUUUGACAAACAACUCUUUUUUUUUUUUUAAAGAAAUGAAGUCUUGCUUGGACCCAGAAUGCAGUCCCUCCAGGUGAUUUCCUGGCAUGUUUCAUUUUUGAACUUAAAAACCGAGGUGUUUCACAAGGGCUCUGCUAUAUUCCUGCCUCUCCCGUUCACCGGAGGGUUUCUGCAGGAGACAUUCCUGAUUGGUUGCACCUGAAGAGCGUGUUUAUGGGGGGGAAACAAAAUCCUUUGGGAAGCAGCUGUGCCCCCAAAGCGCAGCUUUUCUGUUUAGUUCCUUUUACACACUAGAAUUACUCUUGGUUAAAAUUUUUAUUCUUAAACGGUUGCCAAAAUUCAACAUUAGAAUGUGACAAGCCACAUUAAGUAGUUCUGUUGUCCCCCCCCCAUUUGUGUUCCUUGCUUACUGUAAAAGCAGUGUCACCGUUUUUUAAAAAAAUGUUUCUGAUGGUAAGUUAUUGUGCUUUAGUUGCUAGUUUGUAUCGAGAGUUGACCUCUCCCCCACACGCACUGUUUUUGUUCUGAACUGCUAUUAAAAAAAAAAGAAUUGCUGUUAACUGUGUUGCCCUUCUACAUUGUAAUGAUUGCUUCAGCCUCUAUUAUAAAUAAAGACCUGCUGAUAAACC